GUGUGUUACCAAGACUCCAGAUCACAUCACCACCGGCUCUCUCUAGGAUGGGGUAGAAUUGGACUGUAGUGCUUGUGCGAGGGGUUGAAGAUUUCCGUCGUGGUCGAUGCUUACUCGAAAUGGAAAGUACAAACAACACAACAUUUUCAGACGGGACCGGACUGAACGAGAACGCGACUACUUUAUUCAAAGUGGCCCUGAGUUACCAAAUCGUCACCUCCAUGUUCCUUGGAGCACUUAUUCUCUGUGCCAUAUUUGGAAAUGCGUGUGUGGUCGCGGCCAUCGCUCUGGAGAGGUCCCUCCAGAAUGUGGCGAACUAUCUGAUCGGAUCGCUGGCCGUUACGGACCUCAUGGUAUCGGUGCUGGUUCUGCCCAUGGCGGCACUUUAUCUAGUCUUAAAUAGGUGGACCCUCGGUCAGGUAACUUGCGACAUUUUCAUUUCUCUAGACGUGUUGUGCUGCACAUCGUCAAUACUACACCUAUGCGCAAUAGCUUUGGACAGAUACUGGGCUAUAACAGACCCCAUAGAUUACGUGAACAAAAGAACUCCUAGACGCGCAGCCGUCUUAAUCAGCGUUACCUGGCUGGUAGGGUUUUCUAUAUCUAUCCCGCCGAUGUUAGGAUGGAGAAAACCUGAGGACAGAGCAGACCCUGACGCCUGUAACAUCAGCCAAGAUCCCGGGUAUACCAUCUACUCAACUUUCGGCGCGUUUUACAUCCCGCUGAUUCUAAUGCUUGUUCUCUACGGGAGGAUAUUUAAGGCUGCCAGGUUUCGAAUUCGAAAAACAGUCCGGAAAACGGAGAAAAAGAAAGUUUCGGACAAGUGCUUGGCGGUGUCGCCAGCCCUGUUUCACAAAAAGACUAACGGGGAGCUGAGCAAAAACUGGAAGCGGAGCGUGGAACCCAAACCCAGUUCGUGCGUAAACGGCGCGGUCAAACACGCUGAAGACGGCGAGUCACUGGAGAUCAUUGAAGUUCACAGCAACUCCAGAAAUCACCUUGCCCUGCCUAACACUCCACAGUCGGCUGUGUGUUUCGAGAACAGAAACGAAAAGAGCACAGAGGCCAAGAGAAAAAUUGCCUUGGCCAGAGAACGCAAAACAGUAAAGACCCUUGGUAUCAUAAUGGGAACGUUUAUUUUGUGUUGGUUGCCAUUCUUCAUUGUGGCUCUGGUUUUGCCCUUUUGCCCUAAGAGUUGCCACAUGCCCGCGUGGUUGUGGAACGUGAUUAACUGGCUUGGCUACUCGAACUCUCUUUUAAACCCGAUCAUAUAUGCGUACUUCAACAAAGAUUUCCAGAACGCUUUCAAGAAAAUUAUUAAAUGCAAAUUCUGCAGACCCUGAGCAUAAACUGUCAUUUGCUUUUCCUGCAAUUAAGUUGCUGACAUUGGACCAUUUAGUUUUGUUACCAUGUGUUAAAAAACUGAAUAUAAACGACUUUUAUUAUUAUUAUUAUUAUUAUUAUUAUUAUUAUUAUUAUGAUUAUGAUUAUGAUUAUGAUUAUGAUUAUGAUUCUUAUUAUUAUUAUUAUUAUUAUUAUUGCUGUCGUUGUUGUUGUUGUCACAGUCGUCGUCGUUGUCCUGAUCUUCCCGACCAUAAGAUACCUACUAAAACGCCUGAUAAAGUCGACCUGUGUAGUUAUGGAGAAGCCUUUGCUAUCAAUCUCAGAAACGAAAUCGUCAUUGAUGGACAUGGUGCCAGGUUUUUCAGGGUGUUUAUAAGCUUUACAUUAUCCGGAGGAAUAUAAAAGUACAGUUAGUGCCAUGGCUUGCUUAGAAUUUUACAUUUCCAUGAAGAUGCAUCUCAGUGUAUGUUAGGCAUUGUGAUCAUUUUGAUGGACCAGGAGGAACCUACUGCCCGAGAGUAUCAUCACUAUAGGUUUUGCUUCGUCCCGUUAAGACAAUAAACAACUUUGUG